UCUGCAGCCGGCGAGGUCGAAUCGAAGCUACAAAUGGGAAAAGCCGCCGAUGGGAUACAAGGCGAAUGUUGAUGCCAGUGUGCUGAAAAAUGGGGGAACUGGAGUCGGGAUGGUGGUUCGCGAUAAGGAGGGGAAAUUUGUGAUGGCAGCUGUUCGAAGGACUCGGGUCACCUGGCAGCCUGAGAUAGCGGAAGCGGAGGCUUUGUUGUGGGGAUUGAAACUCAUACAACAGCACCAAUUGUAUCCAGCAAUGAUGGAAAUGGAUUGCCUAAGUUUGAUCUACAAAUUGCAGGGGAAGGAUGAGAUUAAUUUGGAAAUAGGGACACUGUGUGAAGAGAUAAGGGAGAGAGCUCAGGGCAAGGAGAUUCAGUGGCGGUUUUUGGGCAGGGAAGGAAAUGAAUCUGCCCACCAAAUGGCCCGAGUCAAUUGUAGAUGGGAAGAAACCGAGGUCUGGUUUGACCGGCCACCAAUUUUUCUUUUACCUCAAUUGUUGAAGGACUGUAAUGCUAUUGCACCACAUGAUUAAAUAAAAAGCAUACAAGCAUUAUUUAUAUAAAAAAAAAGCAUAUCACCCACGAUAGGGGUUAUCAUCCCUUUUUUAGUCAUUACCAACUCUCUUUAUUCAAUUUUUCCUGUCUUUAACAACUUUAUGUACUUACCCAAAUAAUGGAAUGUUGCAAUAUAUUUAAAAAGGUAAACAAGGCAUUUGGAGUCUUUUCAUUGACCGACUUUAAAGUCAUUUUAUAUUCGGAGGUCGCUAAACAUUAUUAUUUAUCUUAGAGAAGCUAACCCACGUUUGGAUCAAUUUGCUAAGAUAGUUGGGAAUUUAUAGAAUUUAUUUUUUUCUUUCGUGAACAGUGGACUUUCAUACAUACAAAUUCAUAUUAACUGAUUAAUAUACAUAUAACUAAGGCAAAAUACAGUUGUAUAUCCAUAACUAUCAGGUUUGUGACAAAUAUAUCCACAACUAUCGAAAUACAUGAAAUAUCCAAAAAUCGGAAGGUUGUGUGACAAAUCUAUCCACUUCCAUCUGAAACUAUAACGGCGUGUCAGACGGCGUUUAAUUGACUAACAGAAUGUUGAAUCGAUGCCGUCUCACCUUACACAUAAGCCAAAAAGCAACCAAACUUUACACGUGGAUGCCAAAUAGGCUAGUUGAAUAAAGGCAAAAUACAGCUGUAUAUCCACAACUAUCAGGUUUGUGACAAAUAUAUCCACCACUAUAAAGUUUGUGACAAAUAUAUCCACAACUAUCAAAAUACACGAAAUAUCCUUUUUCGUCCACUCCGUUAACUCCGUCAGUUAACUUGAUGACUUGACAGACGGUGGAUGCUUAGUUGGCGUGUUUCUGACCCUACUGAAUGACGUGCAUUAAAAGAGAAAAAAGAAUUUAAAAAUCCUGAAAACCAUAGACGACGAGACUAAAAAUCCAACCCAGAAACUCGCCCGAUAACCACAGAUCCUACUCCGAUCGACACCUCCACCCCCAAAUAACCCAAGCCCAGAUUUUGAUUCCAACCACAAUCCCGAACCAUUGCCUCCCUUUUACUCCGACGGCUUCCAUGAAGUCGGCGCCAUGGUAGUACCAAGCUUGAAUCUCAAACAAAAAAAGCUUGAAUCUAACCAAAUCGCCAACAGAGAAGACUGCAGCAGAAACGAGGUCUAACAGACAACAGUGUAAAGUUUGGUUGCUUUUUGGCUUAUGUGGCAGGUGAGAUGACAUCGAUUCAGCAUUCCGUUAGUCAAUUUAACGUCAUCUGACACACCGUUAUAGUUUCAGAAGAAAGUGGAUAGAUUUGUCACACAACCUUCUGAUUUUUGGAUAUUUCGUGUAUUUCGAUAAUUGUGGAUAUAUUUGUCACAAACCUCAUAGUUGUGGAUAUACAACUAUAUUUUGCCUAAAUUUUUUUUUCUUUUAAUCCACGUCAUUUAGUGGGGUCACAAACACGCCAACGAAGCAUCCACCGUCUAUCCAGUCAUCAAGUUAACUAACGGAAUUAACAGAGUGGACAGAAAUGGAUAUUUCGUGUAUUUCGAUAGUUGUGGAUAUAUUUGUCACAAACUUGAUAUACAGUUGUAUUUUGUCUAUAACUAAAUACAUGUUACUUUUCGACCUCAGGAGGGGACGUGGCAAUCGCUGAUGAACAAGACUGCCUUUCAUUGUCGACCAGGCCAUCGAUGGAUAAUGAUGUUGCCUUGCUCUUCCUUCGUUCCCCUCCUACUAUAAUAAGACGGUCUACUCCAUCGAUCCUCUUGUGUUGUAGACCGUCUUUUUUGUUUCGUAUUGUGUUGGGUUUUUUUAUCUUAUUGUAUCGAUGUUGUUUAAUUUCGCUAUGUGUUUCAUUUCGUUCGACUCCCUGUGUGUCUUUUCUGAGUAUUAAUUGUCUAUUAUUGAAAUAAAGUUUUCCCGUGUUGUGUCGUGCAAGCUCCGGCCAAUCCCUCCUAUUUGUUCUGUAAAGAUAUUUUUGCGUCAAUAUCAUCGUUAGUGACAAAUAUUAGUGAAUUAAGAAAUAUUUUUAAUGGCUAAUAUAAUAGUACUCAAAAUCUAAUAUUGCAAACAAAAAUAUCUAUCAUUAAAAGAAGUAUUAUAGACAAACAUUUUUGUCUCUGUAGUGGAAAAACAAGGCAAUAAAUUAAUCCAACAAAGGAAAUUAGCAACUAAAAUAUUUGUCUCGAACUCUUCUAGCAGUGGCAUAUAAUAUUUGCUAUUAACAUCUUCCGGUAAAGGGAUUUACAGGCACAAUAUUGACAACAUACCUAUAUGUGUCACUAUAUGGCUAUCGCGACACAUAAAUCAUUUAUCAUGGCAAAUACACUCAAUCUCUAAAAAUACAUUUUCUUCUAGAUCUGUCAUAUCGCAUCGAGCUUUUCAGGUGAAAGAACUUGGCAAUCUCUCAUACUUCCUCGGUCUGGAGAUUCUAUGCUCAGAUAAUGGCAUAUUGUUAUGUCAAUGAAAGUACAUCCGUGAUUUUCUUGCAGACCAGAUGUUAGAGCAAUGUAUACUGUGUGCAAACUCAAUGGAGAAGAAUUUGAAGCUUAGCCGAGCAAGUGGUCAUAUGUUGGAUAAUCAAAUGCACUAUCCUACGGUAGUGGGAAGCUUUUGAUACAUUGGCUUAACAAACCUAAUAUAGUGUAUGUUGCGCAAAUUGUUAGUCAAUAUAUGAGGAUUGCAUGUACGACACAUUUCGAUGUUUUACAAUGGAUACCGCGUUAUCUUAAAGAAAUCCAUUAUGUGAGACUUUUCUUUCACACCAGUGGUCACCUGACUGUUGUGGAGGUUUUUUUUAUGAUGACUUUGCAGGUUGCAUUGAUAUUUGACUAUCCACUUCCACAUGGUGUAUUAAGUUUAGCGAUUCUUUUGUAUCUUGGAGAUGUGUGAAAUAUGAUAGAGUUUCAUUUCGUUCAAUUCCCUGUAUUCCUUUCCUCCCUAUUGUCUACGUAUGAAAUAAAGUGUUACGUGUUGUGUGGUGCAAGCUCGAGGGCCUACUAGUUAUUUUUAGUGUGAUAAAAAUCAUACCGGAGAGCCUAGUGAGAGAAAUUCUUCUUCUUCAAGAUUUUUAGAGAGAGAAUGUGACGAGCAAGGAAAAAGAAGGAGGUUAAGGUUUCAACCAAGCUUAAGGUUUUGGAAAUUUCUACCUUCAAUGUUGAUCUCCACACAAAAGGAAGAAGGCUUAUUAACACCACCAAGAUGGGUUUCUCUCCUUUCCUUUGUGUAUUCCUUCUACUUAAUUAGCAUGAGGUAGUCCUUUAUUUCACUUGAGUGUUUGUGAAUCCUAGCUAUAAUCAUGUGAAUGCUUGUAUGAAUUGAACGAUUUGUGUAUGGUUGUGUUUUAAUGCAAGUAUUGAGGUAUAUUCAUGAAUGUUGGGUUGUGUUUUCCUCUUCCAACUACUUUGCCAAUUUCACCUAGGUAGAGGGAAACCCCCUUCUUGCUAAGAAGCUUUCAAAAGCUGGGUUUCUUUGGCCAGAUUAAGCCACCUACCUCUUCCCAUGUUUUAGCACCUUCUGUUAGUUGUAGUUUAACCGUUCGAACUAAGGUUCGAGGGAGAACCCUUGGGAACCCUAAGACGAUAGACAAAGAGAGUUACCUUGGUAGCUUGAUUGAUGUCCCUUUCCUUAUUGAUCAAGAGAGUGAAGCCAUUUCACUUGUUGCGCUUUCCUAUGGUUGGCAACCGCCUUCACCAUGCACCUACAUUUAUCUGGCUUUGAUAGCUAGCUAGGGGGAACGACACCCGGAUGAAGCCAUCUCAAUUCGUGUUCAAAACCAUUUACUUUUUCAAUUGCAUUAGUGGUAAACCAUAGUCGAGCCAAAAAUCUAUUCCUAGAUAAUGUUGCAAACAAUUGAAGUAAGGGUACAUGGACCGGCCUGGGUUUGACAUUUAAAUACUUACUCUAUACUGCACCCGGCUAGGGUUUAUACUUGGGACCUAGUUGGGAGUUUGUGUAUUGCAGUCAGGAUGAGUCAACGGUCAUGACAUCGGACUGGGUCCGAUGUUGUGUCGUGCAAUCCAUGUAUUUCUUUCCUAAGUAUUGUCUAUGCUUGAAAUAAAAUUUUCCCGUGUUG